AUGCACUUCUUUCCCAAGGCAGACGCUGGUCUUCUAACGUCAUCGCCAGACGCCCAAAGCCCCCCCGUUCGGCCCACCACCGUCGGACCUGUGUAUGAUGCCGACAAUCUCGGAAGGCCAGCUGAGCCAUGGGCUCCGGAGCUGGAGUCUCGUCGCUAUCCGCCAAAGUUAGCUCCUUAUGCGCCUUCAUCGAUACCGAAAGAAACGGUUGCGCUCAGUUGCCGGUAUUUACGAGCUCAUUUGGCCAAGAAUGAGCGACUCAGGUUAUCCAUGCUCUGGUACUAUGGGCGCGAUCUCGAGAGCGAACCCGAGUUUCUUGCAGGCCUGCAGGAAAAGGCAUGCCUUGCCCAAGAAUCAUCGGGAUGGGAGUUUGCCGUGAUUGGGUUGCUCGAUGUCAACGUCUACAUUCGCUUAGCAACGGUCGGGCUCAAGCUUGGCAUUCUACCCCGCGGGGAAACAAUCUGUGCGCACACGGUCACACAGCCGCCUGGCAGUGUUUUUCUCAUUCCAAAUCUCCAGGAGGAUUGGAGAUUUCAAGACUGUCCGUACGUCGAGCAAGGCGGGUUGAGAGCGUAUGCUGGCGUUCCUCUUCGGAUGCAACACGAAUCCGGCGAAUGCAUCGGACUAGGCACAAUUUGCGUCGCUUCGGCGACAAGUCAACCGCCUCUGUCUCAGCAGCAGCAGCAGACCCUUACUCGGCUUGCAGAUUGGGUAGUAUCCGACAUUGUCCAGUGCACGCGAGCGCGGCGACAACGAGAGCGCCGUCGACUGGCCGAACUCAUUGACAGCGUUGGGACUAGCCAUGACGACAGAGAACCUCAUGAGUCCGUGUUGAAUAUUCUCCGACUUGCCUACCCGAGCGAGGUAAUCCGCAUACAGCCAUCAGACGCCGAUCGCUGCGACGUCAACGCGCCAGAAACCAUUCUGCCGCCAGGUCUCAAGAAUGGUCUAUGGGAGGACACUGCCUACAUUGACGACUUUAUCGCGACAUCAAAUCAUAAUGCAACCCCGACAGACAGAAUAGUGCGUCUCUUGUCUUCGCGGUGCGACAGCCAACUUGGUCAUUCGUUGCUAGUUGUUGGGACCAAAGACUUUCGACGGAUAUUCGAUGACGUUGAUGCUUGGUUUAUACAAACUUGUGCAAGUCUGAUAACCCAGAUAUGGCAAAAACGCCUCUUGACAGAAGCGAUAAAGGCCAAAGAAAAGUUUCUUCGAGGCAUGUCUCAUCAGCUUCGAACUCCACUCCACGGAAUCCUCGGGGCUGCCGAGCUUUUGGCUGAGGAUUUAAAGGCACUUUCCUUGUCUGAGGCCUCCUCACCCAAAGCAGUGUCGGCGGGCGUCGCGGGCGUCGCGAGAUCACCUGAGAUUGCAGCAAAGACGUCGUUGUAUCUUGAUACUAUCUCUGGCGCAGGUCGAGAACUAAUGUCGACCGUCAACAGCAUGAUCACCUUGAACAGGUGGGCCGACAUUGCCCACGCCGAGCGGAGAUACGCCACCUAUGAUGUUGGUGACUUGGAGGAGGAACUCUUGAAGCAGGUGUCGGAAGCAUCGCUCAGCCAAUCGGGGUUGACUGCUUCAGUAUUUUGCCACUGCGAGAUGCCAAGCGGCGCAAAGCUCCGGACGGAUAUGAACCUUUUGCGAGAUAGUCUUUGGCCCCUUGUCCACAAUGCUAUUCAAAAUACACCCAAAGGCAUUGUUGCUGUCAGAUUCUCCAUGAGACCAGGCACAGAAACAUUCAUGGUUGACGUGGAAGAUACAGGCUGUGGCAUUCUUCCACAUGACCAGGAACGCAUCUUCCAGCUCUAUGAAAAGGUCAAUGAGCAUUCGACAGGCUCUGGUCUAGGCUUGACCAUCUCAACAAAGUUCGCAGCGCUGCUUCAUGGCUCAGUCGAGCUCGUCUCGUCACAGGUCAACCUUGGUUCGCAUUUUCGCGCCACUUUCGACGACAUGGUUCAAACGGACUCGAUCAAAUUGCCGCUCACAGCAACGCCAUCAUUCCAGAAUUUGCUCCCGAAAUAUUAUCAUUUCGAGACGGACUUGUCCUCCCACCGCCUGUCCUCAAACUUUGCCCAUUUCUUAACGCACAACGGCUUCACCCGUUCGGACGAGCCCACGGGGGGCUGUUUGGGGAUAUUUGAGCACAGUCGUGACCCAGAGCAACUUCAAAUCAAGACUGCAUCGAUGCUCCCAGACCAGAUCGCCGUCUGUCUGGUGCCAAAGUCAGUCGAUACCGAGUCUCUUGAUAUGUUGCCCAGAGUGUUAUAUGCAAGCGCACCAUUCUCCACGUCGAAGCUCUACAGUGUUCUUCGGGAGGCUGAUGAAAUGGCCGCAGUAUUGCAUGACUUGUCAAGUGGUAAAGAGCAAGCAUAUUUCGAUCGAUCUCGUUCGUCUACAAAUACCGACGAAGGCUACAACUCUAUGGAUGCCUGCUCACCUCAACCUCUAAACGAAGAAUCGAGUGGGGUUGCCGAGUUUGGCGACAAGUCGAGCUCAAACUCUUACUCUUCGCCUGUGCACGAGUCCGGCGACGGGGCCUUGGUCGGCUUGCCCAUGUCUUUGCCGACCAAAUCCGCUACGCCCAUGGUGCUUGUGGUGGAUGACAACCUAGUCAACCUGCGCAUCUUGCAAAUGUACUGCAAGAAGCGAGGGCUGCCAUUUCUCAGCGCUGCAAAUGGCACGCAGGCAGUCGAGGUCUUUUCAAAGCACCAAGCGUCAUCUGCUGCGGGCGGCGGCGCGGGUAUUGAGCUGGUCCUCAUGGACCUGCAGAUGCCAGUCUGCGAUGGCCUCGAAGCGACGCAGCAGAUUCGCGCAUUGGAGAAGAAGAAUUUCUGGGCCGCUAGUGUUGUCUUUAUGGUUACGGGCCAGGACAGUCAAUCGGACCGAGAAGCGGCGAGUGCUGUCGGUGCUGACGACUACAUGGUCAAGCCGAUUAGCAUGGUACGACUCGACACUGAACUGAAGAGAUAUUUCCCUUUGUUCACUGGUCAACCUGUCAAGUGA